GACUGAGUUGCCGCCUCUGGCCGGGCGCGCCGCCGGGUCCCAUGGAGCUGGAGGGGCAGUGGUGGCGAGGACAGCUGGCUGCGGAUAUUCACCAAGCGCUUCGGUACAAGGAGCUCAAGUUGCCCUCCUACAAGGGCCAGUCCCCUCAACUGAGUCUCAGACGGUAUUUUGCUGACUUGAUUGCCAUUGUAAGCAAUCGCUUCACACUCUGCCCUUCUGCCCGACACCUUGCUGUCUAUUUGCUGGACCUGUUUAUGGAUCGCUAUGACGUCUCUAUCCAGCAGCUACAUCUAGUUGCUCUUUCCUGUCUACUUCUAGCAAGUAAAUUUGAAGAAAAAGAAGAUAGUGUGCCUAAGCUAGAACAGCUCAACAGCCUGGGUUGUAUGACUAACAUGAAUCUAGCAUUAACAAAACAAAAUCUGCUACAUAUGGAACUAUUACUAUUAGAAACCUUUCAGUGGAACCUCUGCCUUCCAACAGCUGCUCAUUUCAUCGAGUAUUAUCUUUCCGAAGCAGUACACGAAACAGAUCUUCAUGAUGGCUGGCCAAUGAUUUGCUUGGAAAAAACUAAACUUUACAUGGCCAAAUAUGCAGAUUACUUCCUAGAAGUAUCUUUGCAAGAUUAUGCCUUUCUAAAUUAUGCACCUUCUUUAGUAGCUGCUGCGUGUGUGGCUUCUUCAAGGAUCAUACUUCGUCUUUCUCCAACAUGGCCUACACGACUGCAUCGUCUUACUGCUUACUCCUGGGAUUUCUUAGUGCAGUGUAUUGAGCGGCUGUUGAUUGCUCACGAUAAUGGUGUGAAAGAAGCAAACAAACAGAGAGGACAGGCAGGACCUCAGUCAGCACAGCUAAGUGUGUUCCAAACAGCCUCCCAGCCCACACGGCCAGGUCACUUUCAGCAACCCCAGUAUCUCCACCAGACACAUCAGACCUCUCUGCAGUAUCGCCAUCCUGUAUCAGAACAACCAAGCUGUCAGCAGAUUGUGUCUACCACACACGCCUCAUCUUACACAUUACAGACGUGUCCUGCUGGCUUCCAAACUAGUGUUCAUGGCCUUGGGCAUGUGCAGACCGGCGUUGGGAUGUCACUGGCAAUACCAGUAGAAGUUAAGCCUUGUCUGACUGUUUCUUAUAACCGGAGUUAUCAGAUAAAUGAACAUUACCCUUGUAUUACUCCAUGCUUUGAGAGGUGAUUAUGUGCAAAGUUAGUAACUGGCGCAGGCUAUUUUGUGUCUUGAAGCUCUAGGGCAAGCUUUUUGUAAACAUUUGUUGAAGGAAAGGGAUCCCAGUGACACCAGAACUCUUCAGGUACCAGCACCAGUGAAUAUCCCUUUCAGUGCACCCUGAACACCUGGGAGGACCGAGCAAACACUGCAGCAGUUUAACACAGUGUGUCAAAUCCUGUUACAACAAAUGCCUGCACAACAGAAAUGUUCAAGCCCUGGCUGAUGGUCCAAAUAUUUCAAAAAUAUCCAAUAUGACAGAAAAUCUGGACAGAUUAUAAUGUACUCUUCUGAGAUUUCACCUGUGGUGGGCUCUGGGCCUAAAGUUGGUUUAUAUGUCAAAGAUUAAUGUUUAUCUGUGGACUUGCCAAACACUCUUAUGAAGGAAAGUUACAGUAUUAAUUUUUGAAGGUGUCUUUUUUUCUUUAUUAUUCUACAGUUUUGAGUUUUGAAGU